CACUGCGUGUGAGUACUCCACGAAACUCGCAUGCUCUCUGAUUCGGACCUCAAUACCUAUUUACCUGGUUGCAAGAAAGCUAUAGAUCUUCCCAACCCUGACUCUGCGAUUCUACAAGUGUCUCAUUUUUUUAUUUAUGAAGCCUCCGUGGCCGUGAUUUGCAUUUUUUUCUUUAACUUUUUGCUUGUUGAGAUCAUUUUCUACCUGAGCUUACAAGGACAGUGAAUGUGAAUGAUGGAUGUUUCUGAGGUUGAAGAAAAUCUAUUUGCUGCAAGUGACGCCAAGUUACAUGGAGAAAUGUGCAAGGCUUUUUCUAUAAUAUAUUGCAAAGUACUGUCAAUAUUUCCUUCUUUGGAAGCAGCUAGGCCUAGGAGUAAAUGCGGAAUCCAGGCAUUAUGUUCUUUGCAUGUAGCCUUGGAGAAAGCCAAGAAUGUUCUUCAGCACUGCUCAGAGUGUAGUAAACUUUACUUGGCUAUAACUGGGGAUUCUGUUCUUCUAAAAUUUGAGAAGGCUAAAGGUGCUCUCGAAGAUAGUCUUAGACGGGUGGAAGAUAUUGUUCCCCAGUCUAUUGGGUGUCAGGUUCAGGAGAUUGUGAAUGAACUUGCAAGUAUGGCUUUUGCGCUUGACCCAUCAGAGAAGCAAGUUGGCGAUGAUUUAAUUUCAUUGCUCCAGCAGGGGAGAAAGUUUAACGACUCUAAUGACAGUAAUGAGCUUGAAUCUUUUCACCAGGCUGCUAUUAGAGUUGGAAUCACAUCUUCAAGAGCAGCUCUAACCGAAAGAAGAGCUCUCAAGAAACUCAUAGAGAGGGCUCAAGCUGAGGAAGACAAGCGGAAGGAAUCAAUUGUUGCUUAUCUUUUAUAUCUUAUGAGGAAGUACUCCAAGUUAUUUAGAAGUGAGUUCUCAGAUGACAAUGAUUCUCAGGGUUCUGCACCUUGUUCUCCCACUGUUCAGGGAUCUAUUGAGGACGGCGUUCCUGGUGGUCAUUGUCAAGCUUUUGACAGACAGCUUUCAAAAUUUAGUACCUUUAAUUUCAAGGCAAAUAAUAAUAGGAAAUCAGAGCAGAUGCCUCUUCCUCCCGAAGAGUUAAGGUGUCCUAUGUCUCUUCAACUUAUGUAUGAUCCGGUUAUCAUUGCUUCUGGGCAAACAUAUGAAAGGGUUUGCAUAGAGAAAUGGUUCGGUGAUGGGCACAAUAACUGCCCAAAGACCCAACAGAAACUUUCACAUCUUUGUUUGACUCCGAAUUACUGUGUUAAGGGUCUUGUUGCUAGUUGGUGUGAACAGAAUGGAGUUCCUAUUCCUGAAGGCCCUCCUGAAUCUCUUGAACUUAAUUAUUGGAGAUUUGCAUUAGCAGAGUCUGAAACUACAAAUUCAAGAUCUGUAAAUAGUGUCAGCUCUUGCAAGUUGAAGGGCAUUGAAGUGGUUCCUUUAGAAGAGAGUGGUAUCUCAGAGGAAUCUGAAGGAAAUGGAACUGAAGGUGCGUAUGCAGAAGAGGAAGAUACUGAGCAGUAUUUAAGUUUUCUGAAAGUCUUGACUGAGGGGAACAAUUGGAAGAGGAAAUGUAAAGUGGUAGAAAAAUUAAGGCUGUUGCUGAAGGAUGAUGAGGAAGCCAGGAUUUUUAUGGGGGCUAAUGGGUUUGUUGAAGCACUUGUGCAGUUUGUGCAAUCAGCUGUGCAUGAAGGGAAUUUGAUGGCUCAGGAAAGUGGAGCAAUGGCUCUCUUCAACCUGGCUGUGAAUAACAACAGAAAUAAGGAAAAUAUGUUAUCGGCUGGAAUAUUAUCAUUGUUGGAGGAAAUGGUUUCUAAUACUAGUUCUUAUGGUUGUGCAACCGCUCUAUAUCUGAAUCUCUCUUGUCUUGAAGAAGCCAAGCCUGUGAUUGGCAUGAGUCAGGCUGUCCAGUUCCUAAUCCAGCUUCUUCAAUCUGACUCUGGUGUUCAAUGCAAGCAAGAUUCUCUCCAUGCUCUCUAUAAUAUUUCUACUGUAACCUCCAAUAUUCAUUACCUCCUUUCAACCGGCAUCAUUAAUGGCCUACUAUCCCUUCUUGUAGGUCAGGGUGAUUGCAUGUGGACAGAAAAAUGCAUAGCUGUUUUGAUAAAUUUGGCUAAUUCCAAAGUCGGAAGCGAGGAAAUGGUAUUAUCUCCUGGACUCAUUAGUGCAUUGGCUUCAAUAUUGGACACUGGUGAGCUCCUAGAGCAGGAGCAAGCCGUUUCUUGUCUCCUAAUUUUGUGUAACAAAAGUGAGAAAUGUAGCGAGAUGGUUCUGCAAGAAGGGGUUAUACCUGCAUUGGUUUCACUAUCAGUGAAUGGGACCCCAAGAGGGAGAGAAAAAGCUCAGAAACUCUUGAUGCUGUUCCGAGAGCAGCGACAACGAGACCAUUCACAAUUUAAGACACAUCAGUGCCCACCUGAAACUAGUGAUUUGUCUAUGCCACCUGCUGAAAUGAAACCGCUAUGCAAGUCGAUGUCUAGAACAAAGACAGGGAAAGCUCUUAGCUUUUUCUGGAAAAGCAAGAGCUAUUCUGUUCACCAGUGUUAAGUUCCAUGAAUUGUAAAUCUCUCUGUUAGUAUGUUUACUUUUCUGGCCCUGCUUUUAUCCACCUCUGCUUGUUCCCACGGUGCUGCUUAUUUUUUGGUUUCGGAAGCGAAGAAGAGAUGUACAGGCCUGUGUAAUUUAUGGAUUUUGUUUUCUUCUUUCGCUUUCCUCUUUGUAAUAUCAAUCUCUCCAAGUGUUAGAUUUUUUUUUUUUUUUUGGAGGGGGGUCUCUAUUUCACCGGGGCUUCAAGUGUUAGAAUUACAUUUUUGAAGUUAAGGUAAAUGUGAAUUAUGU